AUAACCCUAACCUCUUCAUUCUCCGGUUUAUAGGGAUUUCAUUGGAUCUGAAUAUCUACGAAUUCCCAAUCUAUUCCCGUAAGAGAAUUCUGAAUUCCUCAGAUUUUUUUGUUCUAUUUAAUUUCUUCAGAGGGUUGUUUGCUUCCCGGGAAUCCGAGGGAAAAUCAGGGAAGAAAAAGGAAGGGGAAAAGAGCUGAAGGAAGAAGAAGAAGAAGAAGAAGAAGAGGAGACGGGGAAGCAGAUAACAUGUCUGCGAUAGUUUGCGGGAAGAGAUCUCUGUUCGAGGAUUUGGCCACCGCUUCGCCUCCCGUCUCCAAGAAAAUCCGUUGCUCUUCUUCGUCAUCUCCGGUUCGUUUUUCAUCUCCGAGUCCGCAGGCUUCUUCGAUCCUCCUCGAUCAGGUCGCCGCGAUUUUCCCCGACAUGGAUAAGCAGCUUCUUGAGCGGGCGAUUGAGGAAUGCGGAGAUGAUCUGGAUUCAGCUAUUAGGCGUUUGCAUCAGCUCCGUUUGGAGUCUGCAACCAAGAAUGCAGAUUCUGCUACCAACCUAUCUUCUGUCAUUCAGGAAACAAAUGUUGAAGCUGAACAGCAAGCACCGGCUAAGGAGGAGGUCCCAUCAAAUGGAGAAGCAUGUGCUCCAGAUGUCUUGAACUUGGAUGGCACUGAAUGGGUUGAGCUCUUUGUUAGGGAAAUGAUGAAUUCCUCUGACAUGAACGAUGCUAAAGCCCGUGCUGCGAGAGCCUUAGAGGUGUUUGAGAAGUCUAUUCGUGCACGUGCUGGUGCUGAAGCAAUGAAAAGUCUCCAACAGGAAAGCAUGAUGCUAAGGCAACAAGUAGAAGCCGUCGUCCAGGAAAACACUAUACUCAAACGAGCUGUGGUGACACAACAGAAGAGGCAGAAAGAAUUCGAAGAUCAGAGUCAGGAGUUGCAGCAUUUGAAGCAGCUAAUCACUCAAUACCAAGAACAGCUGAGAACACUUGAGGUUAACAACUAUGCUUUGACACUUCAUUUGAAACAAGCACAGCAGAACAGUUCCAUCCCGGGGCGAUUUCACCCGGACGUGUUCUAAUUAUUACUUGGGGAAUCCGUAGUAAGUCUUGGUCAGGGCAUUUCCGGUUUUCGGGUUGGAUUCUGUCUGUGUUUGUUUCUCUUAACUAUUACAUGGUUGCGGAGUGAUGAGUGAAAAUGGCAAUGGUGGAAGACAACACAUCGUCUGUACAUAUGAUGAUGUAUGGAUGAUGGUCGAUUCCAAGAGGGCAAGCUGAUUUGAGGCGUGGGAAGAGAUUCUCGUGAAAGCAGUCCAAGGAAUCUUUUAUUGGGUCAUUUAUUUAAUUUUGUUUGGCUAUCAAAACAAUGUCUUACCAAAUAGAUUCCGGGCUGGUUCGAUUUGGUUUGCCUAUAGAUAUGCAUCGCAUUUAAUUCUUUCGUAUUGGAUUCCACUCCGAAAUAUUUUGUGGAUUUAAACUCAUUCAAUGAGCAAGAAUCCAUGGAAGAUGGAGUUGUUCGGAAUUGUAAAUCCAUAAAAAAAAAAUGUGAUUUUUUUUAA